AUGGAUCUAACCCCAAGGGAGACUGCUCUCUUCAUAAGCCGGAAUGCUGACCACGUGAAAAUCAAUGAGAAGGCGAUUCCAUCUCUGGCCGAGAAGGUGGGGGUAUUUCUGGUUGACUCUUUGAAUUUCUCAUUCUGGACGGAAAAAGGUGUUCCCAAGUACGUGGUAACUUUCAAAGGACAACCUUACACCGGCUACAUGGCCCUUUGUGCAGCAGUCAAUCGUGCUCUUGAGGAAGGAAUAAAUCUCCUGGACCCAAAAGUCCUCUCCAAUCUCACCUUAGAGAGGUCUCGAUCGAUAUUCCGAGCUGACGACCCGAAUGUGGAAAUACCGCUGUUGGAAGCGCGUCUACAGAUCAUGCAUGAACACGCGACGACCCUGUUAAAUGACUUUGGUGGCUGCUUUACUAACUGCAUUAAGGUCUGUGAGGCUUCAGCAGCGAAAUUGCUUCAGUUGGUGUGCGAUAAGUUCCCUUCUUUCCAGGAUAGAGCAGUUUACAAAGGACGCAAUGUCACUUUCUACAAGCGUGCACAAAUUCUCAUCGCUGAUUUGUGGUUGGCCUUCAAGGGGAAAUCGUACGGUCAUUUCUCAGACAUUGACUCCCUCACCGCAUUUGCUGAUUAUAGAGUGCCACAGGUGUUGGCUUACUUCGGGGUCCUCAAUUAUGACGAGGACCUGAUGUCCAAACUGGUGAAUAAUGAACACCUCAGCAGCAGCUCCGUUUGGGAGGUGGAAAUCCGUGGGGCCUGUCUUCAAGCAGUUGUGAUUCUGGUCCAGAAGACUCAGGAGCUACUCUCGCGAGAGGGAGAUAGGGAAACAAUUUGCAACUCGGUGAUUGCUGACAACUUUUUGUGGCUUUACCGCCGACGAUUCGCUGAGGAGGUGGAGGCAGCAAUGCCUAUGCAUCGUACACGCUGCAUUUAUUACUAA